AUGAAUGCCCUCCGCCUCGCUGCUUUUAAUGGACAUAAGAAUGUAAUUUCGAGAUUGAUCAUAAGGAAUGUAAGGGGAAUCAAUCAAUCGGAUGAGAAUGGCACGAGCGCGCUGCAUUGGGCAUCUGAGAGGGGCUAUGUUGAGGUUGUGCAGAUGCUGUUAGACAAGGGAGCCGAUGUCAAUGCUCAGGGUGGAUUCCUCGGCAACCCUCUUCAGGGUGCUUCUGAUGGAGGGCACGCCAGGGUUGUGCUAAUGCUGUUAGAUAGAGGAGCGAAUGUUAAUGCUCAGGGUGGAUUUUAUGGAAACGCGCUCCAGGGCGCUUCUCAUGUAGGACAUGUUAGGGUUGUACAAAUGCUGCUAGACAAUGGAGCGAAUGUUAAUGCUCGGGGUGGAGAAUAUGGCUACGCUUUGCUGGCUGCUUCUCUAAGAGGGCAUGUCACGAUUGUUAAGGCCUUGUUAGACAAGGGAGCAGAUGUUAAUGCUCAGGAUGGACGCUAUGGCAACGCUCUUCGGGUUGCUUCUGGAGGGGGCCAUGUCGAAAUUGUGCAGAUGCUGUUAGACAAAGGAGCAGAUGUUAAUGCACAGGUUGGACGCUGUGGCAACGCUCUUCGGGCUGCUUCUGGAGAGGGACAUGUCAAGAUUGUGCAGAUGCUAUUAGACAAUAGAGCUGAUGUUAAUGCUCUGGGUGGACUAUAUGGCAACGCUUUGCAGGCUGCUUCUGGAGGAGGACAUAUCGAGAUUGUGCAGAUGCUAUUAGACAAGGGAGCCAAUGUUAAUGCCCAGGGCAGAGGAUAUUUCGGGCAGUAUACUAACGCUCUUCACGCUGCUUCUAGAAGAGGGCAUCUCAAGAUUGUGCAGAUGCUGUUAGACAAGGGAGCGGAUAGCAACGCUCUUCAUGCUGCUUUUGACGGAAGGUCAGCCAAACGGGUCAAGCUCAAAGCCGAUAACGCAAGUACUCUUUAA